AUGCGGAUCCCGGUGCUCCUCUGCCUGCUGGCCGGUCUGUGUGUAGCCCCGGGCCCGGUGCUCGGGAAGGACCGGAGCUGCGGGGACCUGCGGCAGUUCUACACCGGGAAAGGCUUCACGCUGGCGGACGCGCCUCAGAACGAGAUCUCCGGUGAACAUCUGAGGAUGUGUCCUCAGGGUCCGACCUGCUGCACCAGCUCCAUGGAGGAGAACCUGUCCGGGCUGACGGCCCGAGAGACCGAGGGGCUGAUCCGAGACGCUGGCCGCUCGCUGCAGGCGGCUUUCAACGCCCUCCACAGGAGCUUCGACACCUAUUUCACCGAGCUGCACAGUCAGUCCGAGCGCUCCCUCCAGGAGGCGCUGUCUCCGCUCGGCCCUCUCUACUCCCAGAACACCCGUCUGUAUGGAGAUCUCUACAACGACCUGCGACAGUACUACCGGGGCUCUGCUCUCAACCUGGACGAGACGCUGUCGGAGUUCUGGUCCCGGCUUCUGGAGCGCACGUUCAAAUCCUCCGUCCCCACCGAGGUCAGCCUAUCGGAGGACUACCUUGAAUGUGUCGCUAAGCAACAGGAGACGCUGCGGCCAUUUGGAGACGUCCCUCGGGACAUGAAGGCGAAGGUGAUCCGGGCUUUUGUCACAGCACGGUCGUUUGUCCAGGGGCUGGCAGUCAGCGGAGAGGUGGUCAGGAAGGUGUCGCAGGUGUCUCUGAGUGCGGAGUGCACCAAGGCCCUGAUGAAGCUGGUCUACUGCCCUCACUGCCGCGGCAUGAGCUCCGUCAAGCCCUGCUCCAUCUACUGCUCCAACGUCAUGAAGGGUUGCCUGGCCAACCAGGCCGACCUGGACCCCGAGUGGCAGAACCUCAUAGACACCAUGAUCCAGGUGGUGGCCAGUUUCAGCACAGAGCCCAGCCUCGACGUGGUUCUCUCCUCCAUCCCUGCUCGGAUCUACGAGGCCGUUCACUACCAGCAGGAAAACAUGGACACGUUCACAGCCAGAGUUUACCAGUCAUGUGGAACGCCAGGGGAAACAGGCACAGGAAGUCCCGCCCCCCACGAGCCGAGGAGGAAGAGCGGCUCGCUGACGGCCUCCGAGUACAAACCCUCGCCGACUGCCGGGCUCAGGCUGGAGAUGCAGGUGUCGGACCUCUCCAGCAAACUGAGGGACAUGAGGCAGUACUGGAUCCAGCUCCCGGUGGCACUGUGCAGCAAACUGGCAGCAGGAGGCGCCGCUCAGGAUAAAUGCUGGAACGGAAUCACUAAAGCCAGAUAUCUUCCAGAGGCGAUGGGCGACGGCCUGGCCAAUCAGAUCAACAACCCGGAGGUGGAGCUGGACAUCACCAAGCCAGACAUGACGAUCCGACAGCAGAUCAUGCAACUUAAGAUCAUGAGCAGCAGGCUGAAGAACGCCAUCGAGGGGAACGACGUGGACUUCCAGGACGCAAGUGAAGACAUCAGCGGCUCAGGAAGCGGGAUGUGCGUGGGUGGACAUUGUCCUCGGGGCAUGCCGGGACUGCACUCCUACUCGCCAGCAAACAACCGAGUCCGAGGCGCGGCCACGGCUCAGACCGGCCUCCUGCUCCUGCUCCCAUUGGUCGCCCUGCUCUUCCAGCGAUGA